AUGAACGCAAUCUCCCAAGUGGCGUUUGACAACGGCGGCCCUGUCCGCCCCCCAGCGGGGAGUGUUAUUGAUCUCACCUCCGAUAGCGAGGAAGGUGAGGACGUUUUUGCCGACUCCCUAGAAUCUCCGUUCAAGAAUGAGAGACCGGACGCCAUGAACAGAAAAUUGCCCGAACCAGCUGCGGAGGUGGAAAAUCUUCCCCCAUCAGUUCUACCCCCGAUCCAUCAGCCGGUGCUACCACCACUCCAACGCCGACCUGAGCUCGCGAACCGUCAAGCCGUAUGGGAAGACUACUUCCUGGUCCAAGAAUUCAAUGACGAAGUCGUCGCUGGAGCCUUCGACUUCGAAGGCGAUCUCGCCAUGCACCCCCUGCCUCCACAGCAGGCUCCAGCUUCACCAGAUUCAGCCCCCGCUGUUCCUGCCUCUAUGUUAAGCGCCCAACAAAACGUACCAACGGAAGCAGCGUCGCGGGUGACCUGUAUUGACACACUGGUCGAUAUGUUCCCGGAUAUCUGCAGAGACUAUGUAUCGGAACUCUAUGACACCAUAUCCAAGUCUUCACAAGUAUUAAUCACACACAUCCUUGACAAGAUCGACAAAGGAACCCCGUACCCUAAUGCCAAAGACAAGCAAAAGGUGCUGAAGAGGAAGAGAGAGGUUGAUGAAGACCAGGAGGCUGCUCGCAAGUAUGGAGCUCCCGAGCGGGAGAUGUCUGCUGCUAUUGGUGGAGUCCGUCCUUUCAUUGCCAAGAUCUUGUCACUGGAAUUUACCCGUACACCAAUCUCUUUCAUUGCUAGCACCUGUAGCCAGACCAAAUAUCGAUUGUUUUCAGCAUACGAAAUUCUUGAAGAGGCCCAGAGAACGUACAACAAGGACCAAGAUCCACCGUAUGUGAUGCUGAAGAACGCGAGAAGAGGCGACGACUACUCGCCUGCCAAGACAGCAGCGUAUCUCGCUUCGCCUGCGGGACUAAACGGUGUCGUAGAUCAGGAGAAGGUCGAGAUUUACGAGGAACUGCAAGCUGCAAGAAGGAUCAGAGACAAGGCAGAUCAGCGAAGAGCAGCAGAGCGUGCUGCCGAGGCCGAGGAAGCAGAAAAUGUGGCGAGAGCAGAAGCCGAUGGCACCAUGUCUGAAUGCGGCUGUUGCUAUUGUGACUACCCUAUGAAUCGCAUGGUCCACUGCAAUGGCGAUGAAAUGCAUUGGUUCUGCCGAGGGUGCGCAAAGCGGAAUGCAGAGGUCGAGGUGGGGAAAUCUAAGUACGAGCUACUUUGCAUGUCAACAGAUAAAUGCAGCGGUGGCUUCUCUUCCGACCAGAGGGCGCAAUUUCUGGACGACAACACGAAAGUAGCUUUGGAACGAAAUGAGCAAGAAGCAAAUCUACGCCUAGCGGGUAUCGAGAAUCUUGCAAGCUGUCCGUUCUGUCCAUUUGCCGCCGAAUAUCCGCCUGUUGAAGUCAACCGCGAAUUUAGAUGCCAAGAUUCAGAGUGCGAAAGAGUCAGCUGCCGCCUCUGCAAGCUUGAUUCUCACAUCCCCAAGACCUGCGAGGAAAAUGCCAAGGAGAACGGUCUAUCAAUUCGACGCCAAAUCGAAGAGGCGAUGUCUGCUGCCAUGAUCCGGAAAUGCAACAAAUGCGGCACGCCCUUCGUCAAAGAAGAAGGAUGUAACAAGAUGUCCUGCACCCGCAACGGGUGCCGCAACAUACAGUGUUAUGUCUGCUCGAAAUCUUGCGACUACAAUCAUUUCAACGACCCCAGCCGAGGUGGCAAGUUAGGUAACUGUCCCCUCUUCGAGAGCGCUGAAAAGCGACACAACGAGGAAGUCCAGAAGGCAGAAAAGGAUACAUUGGCAAAAAUCUUGGCCGAUCACCCGGAAUAUACUGAGGACGACCUCAAGGUCAAGGUGUCCGAGAAUGUCCGCAAAGCCGAGGAGAAGCGAAAAGAGAGAGUAGAUCCAGUAUUACGUCACAUUGAGGUCAUGCAGGCUCGCGCAGGACGUCCUGGCCUUCGAGCCUCUCCCUUUCCCCCAGACCACAACUCUCUGCCCCUUGUUCCCCAGCACCCUCUUCGAGAUGACUUCAGGAAUGAUGACGACUCCGGCGACGAAAUGGACCUUGACCAGGCCGAGGGCAUCGCGUUUCCUGGCCUCCUACCACAAAUCCGUGCUCGUGUCUUUGCGCCGCAAUUUAGAGCACCACCCCCGCGAAUAGCAGCGCAGGUCCGCGGGGAUGAUAUUCUAAGACAAGUCGAACUUGCACCAGUUGAUCUUGCUCUCCUCCGUGAGCAAAUGAAUCGAAUCCAUGCCCGACGUGCUGAGCUAGCCGUGCCACAAGCUGCGGCUCAGGAGCGAUUUGAUAAUGCAGCAAUGCGCAAAAAACGUGAUUUUGAAGCAGCAGCACGUGUAAGGUACUUACAAGCGAUGAUCAGAUCACGGGGCGGUGGUCCCUUGGAUGGACCGGUGCCUCCAGCACCUCAAGAGCGACUUCUCAGACCGGCAAACGCACCGGAAGUCGCAGUUGGGGAGCAACUGGCACCAAAUCAGGAUCACUCACGCGAGCUAGGUUUCUUGCAAGGUUGGGAACCGGCCGGCCGCGAAGUAUACCGCCAACAACGGAUGGCCAGAUAUCAUGAUGAUGGGGAGCGAGGCAUCAUGCAGAAUAUGGGUCCUGAGCUUCAAGUUGCUCUUAUGGAAGGACCGUUGGGUCGACCAGCCGUUCAGAUACUCAAAGGGCGACAAGCCGCACCAGAAGAUGUAUCAGUGGUUGGCUCGGCCGAGGCUCCUCCUGAUGAGCGGAUUGUCGGGCGGGGUGAACGCAAUCAUGGACGUCAAGCGGUAGCGAAUGGUAAUCAAACCCAAUUUAAUCACAUUCACGCUCAACCUCUCCAACCCGCAGGCAUGUAUGGUCGUGCAGCGGCUUUGCGACAGGCAUUCCACGCUCGGAUUCGCCAGCGAGCUCUGGAGGGAAACUUGGUGGAUAUCGCGCGGAAACAGGACCAGGCGGCUGCCGCUAGAGCCAGACAUCGAAUUGGGCUUGGCUUAGGCGCUGAGAUAGACGCGGCGCAACGGAGAGAUGAUGUCGAAGCAGGUGCGGGUGGAAUACAACGAGAAAAAGCUGUAGGGCGGGAGGGAAGAUUGCCCAUCAUCGGAGCGGACGGAGGUAAUGCUCAUGUCAAGAACAUUGAGGAAUUGGAGCUUGAGUUGCGCAACGCCCUCGAAGCAGAAAAACGAAACAAAAAAACAGCAGCCAGAGCUGAGCAGCUAAGAAGCCCCCUCGAAAACCUCGAGAGGGACUUGGCUCUCCCGGCUCGCUUGUUCAUGGCCGUGCGCCGAGACCUUCCUCCUGCACAGCCCAUGCCUGGACCAGCACCCGAGAGGGGAGCAGUAGAGGGCCCAAAUGCGCAGCAGAGACAAAGAAUCGGAGACAUCGCUCAUCGCUCUUUUGGCGCUCCUCUCAGAGGACACCACAGAAAAGAUGGCGUGAAUCAUGGCUUGCAGAUAGAUGCCGUCGCUCGUGCCCUGGAUCGCGCUCGGCAACAUGCCCAGCAACAGGCCGAGCAACGGGCCCAGCAACAGGCUCAGCAAUAUGCGGCGAUGAUUGCGGCCCAGCAACAGGCCCAGCAACAGGCCCGGCAACAGGCGGCGGCGAUGAUUGCGAGGCUCAAUGCUGGUCCAGCACCCCGAUAUCCUGGUAUCGCAGGUGAGCUUUGGGGUGAGAUGAGGAGAGGUGUGGUGUUGCCGCGGGUACGAAAGGCAGGGAAGUAUGCACACCUUGAGAGGGAGUUGAUGGAGGAGGCUGAGAGGGAGAAGUCCGGCACCGAGUGA